AUGUCAAGACCGGUCUCAAGAAACAGCCUUGAACCUCCUAGGAAGAGUGUUGAAUUGCAAGACCCUGGUGCCCAUGAGCUCUCCUCAGACGGCGAAGAGUACUUCUCUGAUGCAUCUGAAGGCCGAAAGAGGUCCAGACCUGUCACACCUGCUUCCCCAAUUCCCAGAACGCGAGUAGAACGGAUCGAUAAUGAGCCAAGCUACGGCGAGGUUCCUGGAACUCCUGCCUACGAAAAGCGUAUGCUUGAUGCUGUACCCGAUGAGGUCGAAGUUCUCUCCCCCGAAGCCGGACUCCGAAGUAAACGAAGCAGUCAAUAUCUUGAGCCUCCUACCACUCCCGGCGGCUCGGUCAUUCCUCGCAUGGUAGUGGAGAAACUAGACCCAGAUGAUACAAGCUAUGGCGAAGAACCGGGCACUGCUGCAUAUAUUCAAAGACAAAUGGAUGCUGCUCCAGAUGUGAUACUUAAAACACCUGCUCCUGGGAAGAGGGCAAUGUAUUCCGAAGAUUCUGAAAGCACUUCCAAGCACAACCGCUCAGGCUCCAACUUUUCCAUUCCCGAAACCAUAAUCACCCCUGUGGAUGACAAGCCUGUGCAUGGUGAUCUCCCAGGAACGGCUGCACACAAGAAACGAGCUUUAGCCGCGUCCCCCGAUUUCCGGGAGAAGCCAACCGACCAAGGGUCACCCCCUCUCGAAGGUUCGAUGAGACGCUUUAGACAGAUCUCGACAAGUCAAAAAGACGACGACGAUGACGACGGAAAUGGUAGCGCUGAUGAUGAUGAGGACGAGGACGAGGAGGAGAAUGGCACUGGUCGCAACGACUUUGGGGACGACUUUGAUGAUUUUGAGGAAGGUGCACAGGCUGGAGCUGAUGACGACUUUGGGGACUUCGAUGAAGGAUUCCAGGGGCCUGAAGCUGAAGCUGAAGCUGAUACUGUGAAGACACCACCUGUAUCUACCUCAAAGAUCAAAUCCAUACCUGCCGAGACUUUCCCUCUGAUUGACUUCGACGCUUUAUCAUCCUUACCGGAUCUUCUUGCUGCGACACAGCUACAUCUCGACGCAAUGUUCCCUAUGUCGACCGCCGACAAUAUUGCAUCAAUUCCCAAACAAGUACCUGUUCCAGAAGGCUCACCAAUUUUCCCAUCAGACCGCUCUCGUUCAUUAUGGAAACAACUUGUCACACCACCGCCUCUCCAACCACCCAACUGGACCCAAUCUCGGAUCAGGCGGCUCUUUCUCGUCAGUUUAGGUGUUCCAGUGGACCUGGACGAGAUAUUGCCUCCCUCCAAACAGAAGAAACUAAUACUUCCAGAUAUCAAUCUAGAACCAUCAUCGCGUAAGUCUGAAUCCGACAAGGCUCUCGGCUCUGUCGCUCGGUUGAAAGCAGAAGCCACAAAUGAGUCAACCGGGUCCGUGGAUAGCACGCAAUCGGGGACGAAAGACCGCCCUAGCCGGCCAAAGCGUCUGAAGGGUCCUCUACCGCCGCCAGAACUCGAUCUUGUCUCGGUCAAGAGGCUUUGUGCAACAACAGACGAAAAACUGGAUGGAUUCACAGAUGAAGAGCUAAAAGCUCAUGUGAAACUGUUGCAGGAUACGUCUGAGAAGACAUCAGAGUUGUUGGAAUACUGGCUCAAGCGGAGAGAUGGGCUGAGGAAAGAGAAGGAGGCCUUUGAAGGUGUCAUUGAAAACCUUGUGAGGCAUGCUAGGAGAGUCAGGAAAUGA